AAGAACUUAACUAACAAUACAGUACGGCACAGUUCUCGCAUCCAAGGAAUAUCCUAAUUUUGAAGACGUCAAUUAUGGCGAUGAAACAAAUCCCUACUUUAUGAGACAGUCUGGCACUGCCCAUCAAUAUUGCUUUAAAAACGUCACAAUUGGAUUAUCAGAGAAAAACUAAUCAAAUCUAAAUGAAUAAAAUAAUUUACCGCAGCGUUAGAGUGUUUUUAGCAAAAAACAGCACGUUGGACAAGUUUUGAUCAUAUGACAUCUGACGCUUCGAUGAACGAGACCAUAUAUUGUGCAUCUACAGUCAUGCCAGAAGUCCUUCGUUUCUGGGACAAAUAAAUUCUUUGUUCUAUAGGUGUCUGAAUGUUGAAUAACUAGGCCUAUUGUUUACUAAUAUAGGUCAGUCCACAUAAUAUAAUCCAUAUAUUUGCAUAUUGUAUUUUUAGCUGUUUAGCCAAUGAUAAUAUUUUAUUGUCAAAUGGUUUAACGCACCCUUGAUUCUAGGACAAUUAUUUUGUUCAGAAAAGUUUGCGAGUGCUUAAUAUCUUAUGAAACUUUUUCUGUUUGUUGUGUAGCAUUACUACAAUGGCUUAUGAUUAAUUAUCUGUGUACAAUUCUGCUUCAAGCCAACAAUGGCUGCCAAAAAAAUGAAGCAAUAUUUUCCGAUAUUAUUUGCGAUAUUUCUACUCAUCGGAGUUUCCGGAUUAUUCUUUGGUUUCCCUGGACGUUAUCUCGCUGUGGAAAUUUCUCCGAUACUAAUGGGAUAUGCAGGAGCUGUGUAUAUAUUUGUACUUGUUAAUUUUAUCGCAGCUGGGGCCACGGAUCCCGGGGUUUAUCCGAAGCGGUCUGAACCCGAAGAUGAUGAAGAUGAGCUCAGAGCACCAGUGUAUAUUACCGUUCUUAUCCAUGACAUAUCUGUUCGCAUGAAAUGGUGUAGCACUUGUAAAUUUUACCGUCCGCCUCGUGUCUCGCAUUGCAGUGUUUGCAACAACUGUAUAGAAAAGUUUGAUCAUCAUUGUCCGUGGGUGAACAACUGCGUUGGACGGAGGAAUUAUCAAUAUUUUUUCUUGUUCUUGAUGCUGCUUACUUUGCAUAUGAUCAAUAUUUUCUCAUUUACUCUCUGGGCCGUCAUUUUAAACCAAAAUGGACAAAGCGAUGGAAUUAUUUUUGGAAUUUCCAUCGCGGUUUUGGUCGUAGAUGGUUUGAUUUUUAUCCCCAUCUCAGGACUUUUUGGAUUCCAUAUUUCUCUCGUUAUUCGAGGCCGAACAACCAAUGAACAAGUCACAGGGAAGUUUAGAAGUGGAGUUAAUCCAUUUGACAAUGGUUGCAAAGCAAAUUGUUUUCACGCGAUGUGUUCCCCACAGAUACCAAAAUACAUUAAUCGAUCCGACGCCGUGGAUUAUACAAAGUAUAACAUUUCUCCCCCUUACACUGUUGACAACGAUAACUUAAGCAUUCGGAAUGUUAGGAUCCGAGAAAAUGGUUCAAAUGCUAUUUCUGCGUACACCCCUCGUCCGAUUGACAAUGAAAAAGAAAUUUUCCCAAAGCGUAAAGGUUCACUUAUACCUCAAGGAAGCUCAGAUGAAAGCGAUACAACUUCCGAACCCCCACAAGUGAGGGUGAUCACUGGGAAUGGGAGAACGGAAUCUGUGCGCUCAGAAUUGGAUCCGAAUAGAUUUCGUGCUCGAGUGACCCCCGUUCAUGCAAAUCAAACUUGUCAGCCGACUGACGCGAUACAGUACGCAUGCAUAGACGGCCAGCUUAACAAUGAUGAUAUUUCGGACAGUAGCGGACAAAAUUUUGAAAUGACGAAUAUGAAGGGGGGUAACAGACCAGAAUUGAAUGGCAGCGCCACCACAUCAUUGGUGACCAAUGGUGACGCUCAUCAUUGUCUUAGCGACAAUAAUGUAAACAAAAAUACGGAGGGUGAGUCAGCAGAAAAUAAUGACUGUGACACAGCGGAAUCUCCUGAUCAAACUUUUUAUAAAACUGACGAAAUUUUGUACGAUAACUUUGUAAUGCCAAAGCGUAAAAGUUCGAAAGUUUCAGAGAACCGAGAUGACGAGAUACACGAUGAAUCGUCAAGUUCGAGUGAGGGAAACUCAUGCGCUUACAUAACUCACGAUACUCCACCCGGUGGCAGGCUGAGUGAUCCUUUAGCUAAUGUAAACAAUUGCAAUAAUAUUCCUGCGAGCGAUCAUAUCACAAAAUCAGUGGACCAUGACGUUUGCGAAUCUGGGUAUGUGAGUACAUAUAACUCGACCGACCAGCCGUUAUCUACGAAGGAUCUGACGAACAAAAUCGAACUGGAAAAUGCAAUGAGAGAUAUAGAAGCGAACGUCGCAUUGCUUCAUGUUACAGAUUCCGCAGAAACACUGAAGAAAGACGACAUUAUUAUGUCACAAAAAGCUUGUGAGAGAAACGGGCAUUUGGAUUCGGAUUGCAGCCAACAAUUUGACAGUUUGAAUGAAAAUCAUCAGCUGGACAAUAUUUCAAAAUCCGCUCGUAAAAAACUACCACUAGGUGGUGGCAAACUAGGUCAUAGAGGUCGAGGGAGGUCAAAAUACGAAAGACUUCAAAAAACUGGACAUGUGUCCACCCUGGUCGGAAAGUUUGAACAGCAAUCUACUGACCAAUCAAAAUCAGAUGUACAAAGGUUAAAGUUGAAAGUUCGUGGCGAUCAACUUCCCAUGUCAAAAAUCAAAGGUCAUAAUAAUAGGAUUGACCAAAAUGAAACUCAAUGCAGUAAAACGGAAAAUGCGAGACUUCUUGUUAAGUUAGCGUAAUCACCGGACUUAUUGGCUUUAGUACUGCAAACUAUUUUCCAUGACGCAAUGAUGCAUCGUUGUGCUUUUUUACAGAUAUUAUAAUGAACUGUGUUCUUUUGAACUUUCAUAACUUGUUCCUUCAAAAAAGUUUUCAGCCGUUAAAUUCUGUUGGAUGUCAGCUCAGACCCGUUUAUCGUCAGUGUACCUACAAUACAACUCUCUUGCCCAAAGUUUUUUCGAGAGCUUCGGUUAUUCGUAGCUGUUUUUCUAUUGAAUCUGACUGUUUUGAGUCUCUUGUCGAUUGGUAUUUAUUAACGCGCAAUUUCAUACCGUAACUCUUUAUAACAGUGGUUCGGAAAAGUUGAUUGACUGGGCCAAAUUAGAAGCGGAAGGAUAUUCGUGGGCCGAGAGAGGGGUGCGCCCGCAAAGGGCUGAUACCGAUACGUAUAAUUAACAUACUGGUGUAACUGAAUUGUUAUAAAUAUACACAUGCGUAAACCGUGAUAAUGACAAAACAAUUGGCGGUAUCCAUAACGCGAAAAGAAAACAAACAUUAAAAAGUAUUAACUAUUUCACUCAAGUUUAGCGGGCUAAGGUCUGGGAACCAUUGCAUUAAGUCUCAGUAGUCUUUGGAACUUAUUGGUUGCCCAUAUUAG